AUUUUCAGUAGCUGAUGAAAAGAACAGCUGUUCUGGUCAUUGAAAGUUGUGAAUGUUGAAGAUAUUCGAGAUUGUUCAGUUGAUUAUUUUUUCAAACUGUCUCUAGUAAAAGACAAUGGCAAGCACUUUAACCAGAGCAGUUUUUACCAAGCCUAAUCUUAAUCAAGUAGCUGUUCCUCUUGGGAAUGUUCUUGUUAGAAAACAACAAACUGCUCCACCACCAACCAAGGAGAAAUAUGGUCCUCUCGCUGAUGAAGAUAGAAUUUUUACAAAUUUGUAUGGCCGCCAUGACUGGAGGCUUAAAGGUGCUGUGAAGAGAGGUGAUUGGUAUAAAACCAAAGAAAUUAUCGAUAAAGGAGCAGACUUCAUAAUAAAUGAGGUUAAAAAUUCAGGACUGCGAGGCAGAGGAGGCGCAGGCUUCCCCUCUGGAAUGAAAUGGAGUUUUAUGAAUAAGCCCUCUGAUGGAAGGCCGAAAUACCUUGUUGUUAAUGCUGACGAGGGUGAGCCUGGUACUUGCAAGGAUAGAGAAAUAAUGAGGCAUGAUCCACAUAAAUUGGUCGAAGGAUGUCUUAUUGCUGGUCGGGCCAUGGGAGCUAGAGCAGCAUAUAUAUAUAUCCGUGGUGAAUUUUAUAAUGAAGCUUCUAAUAUGCAGGUUGCCAUAGCCGAAGCAUACCAGGCAGGGCUCAUUGGAAAGAAUGCCUGUGGCUCUGGCUACGAUUUUGAUGUAUUUAUGCAUAGAGGCGCUGGAGCCUAUAUCUGUGGCGAGGAAACUGCUCUGAUUGAGUCACUGGAGGGAAAACAGGGCAAGCCCAGGCUAAAGCCUCCUUUCCCAGCCGAUGUUGGUCUCUUCGGUUGCCCGACUACAGUGACAAAUGUUGAAACUGUAGCUGUUUCACCGACUAUCCUUCGCAGGGGUGGAAAAUGGUUUGCUGGCCUUGGCCGCCCUCGUAAUUCUGGUACAAAACUAUUCAACAUUUCUGGACAUGUUAAUACUCCUUGCACAGUUGAGGAAGAAAUGUCCAUUCCACUGAGGGAAUUGAUUGAAAGGCAUGCUGGUGGUGUUCGAGGAGGCUGGGAUAAUCUUCUUGCUAUUAUACCUGGCGGCUCUUCAACCCCUCUUAUUCCUAAAGAGGUUUGUGAUAAUGCGAUCAUGGAUUUUGAUGGAUUGUUGGCUUGCCAGACGAGCUUGGGAACUGCAGCUAUUAUUGUGAUGGACAAGUCUACCGAUAUUGUUAAAGCCAUCAGUCGCCUGAUAAUGUUCUACAAGCACGAAUCGUGCGGCCAGUGCACUCCAUGCAGAGAGGGUAUCAACUGGAUGUAUAAAAUCACAGAAAGGUUUGUGACUGGUAAUGCCCAGCCCGCAGAAAUUGACAUGCUUUGGGAACUAAGCAAGCAAAUUGAAGGUCAUACCAUUUGUGCUCUGGGAGAUGGUGCUGCUUGGCCCGUUCAGGGUCUCAUAAGGCACUUCAGGCCCGAGCUGGAAGCAAGAAUGAAGAAAUUCCAUGAGAGUAAUCCUCAGCGCCGAGCUGCCGCUAAUUAGAUUAAUUUUUACUCUUUAAAUACGUAGUACAUUGCCUCGAUAUGAUUAUCAAAUGUUUAAAUUAAUGUACUAAGUGAGAUACCUACAGUUUGUGUAUAAUAACUUAUAGAAUUUGGCUAUUUAACUUGAGCUCCACAGAAAAAUUGCCUCCUUGUUUGUUUUAUUGCAAUAGAUAAUAUAAAUUAAUUUAUAUUUUAUCCUUCUUCUUAAGUGUAUAAUGCUCAUGAUGUUUUUAUUUAAUUUAUUUGUAAAUACUCAUGGAUGGUGUGAUCAAAGUUUCAUUUUUAGAUUAUGAUUUUACUGUUUAAUUUCUGAAAAUAAAAAUUUAUUUAAUGUU